AUGCCAACCACCUCCGCGAUUCCUCCCCUCAUCGCUGCCGCGCUCGGCACAAUCUGCAUCAGCUUUGGCAUCAACGCGAUCCUCCGCCCGGAACACGCGCUCUCCUUUUUCGAAUUCGACUACCCCACUAUCGAGGCCGAACAGAAUCUCGUCGAUAGCCUGCUGACCGUCUACGGAAUUCGCGACAUUUUCAUGGGGAUCGCGAUCUACGCGACCGCGUGGUGUGGGUCCCGGAGGGCUCUGGGGUGGAUCAUACUGGCGGUUGGUGCGGUCGCCGUCGGGGAUGGGGUCGUCUGCUGGAGGAAUGGACACGGGGAGUGGAAUCAUUGGGGGUAUGCGCCGCUCGCGGGUGUGGUGGGAGCUUUGUUCAUUGGAAUGGGAGGUUGA